AUGAGGAGUCUGGCUGUGCUAGCGUUCCUGGUCUUGGCAACCGUUGCAUUUGCAGAACAAGUGUCGUAUCGAAAUUACAAAGUGUAUAAAACUGAGGUAGCAAAGCGUGAGCAGCUAGCGUUGUUGAAGCGAUGGGAGCAUUUGGAAGGAGUCGAUUUCUGGGAAAGCACCGGAGGUCGCAUCAUGAUUGAACCUCGACUGCAGAAGAAGUUCGAACUGUUUCUGCAAGCACAUAAAAUACCUCACGAAUUAAUUAUCGAGGAUGUUGAAAAAACAAUCGAAGCAGAACGCAAGUACGACCAAGAAUAUCGGAAAGCACAUGCUGGUUUAGGACGUAGCACAAUCAGCUUCGAUCAUUUUUGGACGCUUGAUGAGAUAUACAGCUAUCUUGAUGAACUCGCCUCCGAGUAUUCAAAUCUGGUCAGUGUAGAAACCAUUGGAACAACUGAAGAGGGUCGUGCCAUAAGAGCUAUUACAAUUUCAACUGCCAAUGGUCAGAUCAGCGGGACGAGGCCGGUCAUCUUUGUCGAUGCUGGAAUCCACGCACGUGAAUGGGCCGCAAUUAUGUCUGCAAUGUAUUUAAUACAUGAAUUGGUUGAGCAUAGCAAUGAAUACGCAGGUAUGUUAGCAAGCGAGUGGGUCAUUAUACCGGCAGCUAAUCCCGAUGGCUAUGAGUAUUCCCGUAUAACCAACCGAAUGUGGCGUAAAAAUCGGUUCCCGGCUACAAUUUUGUGCACAGGAGUCGAUCUGAAUCGUAAUUGGGCUUACCAGUGGGCUUUGUCUAGCAACGCCUGUUCAGACACCUAUGGUGGACAUGAAGCUAACUCGGAACGCGAAACAAGAGCUUUGGUAAGUUUGAUGGAUCGCUACGCUGCUAAUCUUAAAUUGUACCUGGCUGUUCAUACCUACGGGAACUUGAUCUUGUAUCCAUUUGGGUACACUAUGCCGUUCGUGCCUGUUCCGAAUGCUGCUGAGCACAUUGCCAUGGGACAGAGAGCCGCAGCUGCAGUUUCUGCAGUCGGUGGGCCAACAUACAGAGUUGGCAACAGUGCAGAAAUCCUUUACUCCGCUACCGGUGCGAGUGAUGACUACGCUGCUGGUGCCGCCGGAUUCACUUACGCUUACACUUUGGAGUUGACUGGUGGUGGAAGUAAUGGGUUCGAUUUACCCGCAAGUGAAAUUCAACGAGUAGCUAGUCAAACGUUCGAGAUUUUCCGAUCAAUGGCAGAAGAAAUGUAG